UGCAUAUUUAUAUUUGGCGCCAAAUUUUGUACGUUGUCACUUUGUUGGAGGCGGCCAUCUUGGCCGAGUAAAAACAAUCGAGCAAUGUUUGUGAUCGUUUUUACAAUUUAUCGCUGGUGGAGGUCGUAUUCUCGUAUUGGUUAAGAACAUUUGACAUGGAAGGGACUUUUAAGAGUCCCCGCCCUAUACCAAACAUUGUCAGCGAGGCAACUUUUAGCCACCGAAAGACGAAGAAAGUCAACCAGCAGAGGAGGGUAGUCGAGGAAGAUUGUUUACCUCCACGAGCUCCUGUGAAAUCCGCGCCUCCGAUAAGUAGAGUUUUUAAACAUACGAGAAGAAACUCAGUAGGAGCACUGCAAGUCAGUUUUCGAGAAAAUGGAAGUAGUAUCCUUUAAAUCUUUUACAGAAAAGUGUGUGCAGUUGAAACUUUGACCUCUGAUUGCAUAAUUUUUGGCUUUACGCAAGCUUCGAUCUGUGAUUCGUUUUUUCCCAUCUAUCAAAAAGUCUUCAUUUAAUUUUCCUAUCAAAAAAGUGAGCAACAGAAAGCUGUAAACACUUAAUUUAAGCUUAAUUAAGGAUGUUUUUUCAGGGAAUUGUUUUAUUUCAAUGUUAUGUUAUGAUUAUUUCGUCUUCAGUCUUGUCUUUUUCAUUUAUGGCUUCGGCAAGCAAUAAUCAGUCAUAUUAUCACUUAAACAUAAACCAGUUAAGCUUAUUGUUCAUUGUGAUUGCAUGCACUUGUUAUUGGUUCAUGUUUUAAAAAAUAGGCACUAACGAUUGAGCAAAAAAUUUCACUCCAAAUUAAAAAUGCCCAUGGGUCCAAUUAACCCAUUCGCCCCUGAACCGCCCGUAACCGCCCGUGCGGAUCCACGUCCUUUCUACCCUUUGUGACGUAAUCAGUUUUAACGGUCAAGGGCAAAUUUGUCUUCUAACUUGUGCAGAGUGAAGUGAUCUUUCAAACCAUACCAGAAUGAGCACAGUUCAGUCAAGCUGUGGCCUCUUUCUCCGUUUUUUGGUACAUUGUAACUGGACUUUUAGAGGUACUUUUAGAACAAGGUAACGGGUGGAUGGAAAGGAAAGUGGAUUAGGAUAGAUCCUAAAAGCUUUCCUAAAAACUAUUUUGCUCACAAAUAACAAUAAUUCACAAUUAUUUCUGAUCAACUUUCGGUAAACAUGAAAACAGUUUGCUUUUGAAAAAUUUUGGUAUCACAAGCUGAAAGAGCAUAUUAAAAUUAGGUAACUUGUAAAUUUUCAGCCGUAUGUCUCAAAGUAGCAAUUGCAACGGCUGCUGAAAAUUAGAAGGAUUUAUAUGGCUGGAAAUUUACAGGUUACCUAAUUUUAAUAAUUAUGCUCUCUCAGCUCGUGCUAAAAAAAUUUUUCAGAAGCGAACUGUUUUCAUGUUUGCUGAAACAGGGUUGUCACUAAGAUAAUAAGUUGUUGGGGAAAUACAACAAGUAGGUGGGGAAUCAAACAGCUAGGGAUUUCUUUUGGUUCCAUUUUUCUUCUGUUUUCCAAUAAAAGUAGCCGGGGACCACACUCAUAGUAGCUGGGGGAAAUCCCCCGUCCCUGGCUCUUAAUGACAGCCCUGCUGAAAGUUGGUCACGUGAUCAACUAAUGCAAAAGACCUAUUGAAUAUGUUAACCCUCCAAGCAUCAAGGGUGAUCAACAUCAAUUUUCUCAUCACCAUAUCAAUAUAUAAAUCAAGAGAUGUUUGUGAGAAUUAAUGUAAAGAUCACCUAUGGGAAAUUGCUUUGAUAAGUCAGUGAGAAGUUUAGCAGCUAGGAAUUUCUUAUGGCUCGAUUUCCUUUUUGUUUCCUAUGAAAAUAGUUAGGGGUCAUGCUCAUAUAAGCUGCAGCAUAUCCCUACCCCAGGCUCGUAGUAACAGCCCUAUUCACCUGUACACAAAAUGCUCCUGUAGUCUAGGGUUAUGAAGAAGAUACUAAGCAAAUCUCACCAGUGAGCACUGACUAUAAUAUUUUUUGUGAUUUUUGCAGGCAUAGCACUAAAACUUAAAAACAUUAGCACAAUGUUUACAAUUGUAAAUCCUUGUCCAUCCUUGCCAUCUGUAACAAAAGAAAAUUUGAAACGGUUUCAUUGCUUAAAUAUAGUCUUAAAUAACAAGACUGGACUAUUGUUUUAAGAAUUCACUUGGUGCACUGCCAAGACACAUUUUAUCUUUUCAAACAGACAGCAAAUAGUUCGAUGUAGCCUCUUUAAUUCUUUUAUUUCAGUAGAUAACCAGUCUUAUUAGUCUUACUUUAUUUUAUUUAAGCAGUAGGUUUAGAUUCGAUUUGCUAAAAUGCCAAUAAAAUCCUUGACUUGACAAAUUAGAGAUAAAAAGCCCUCAUUAUAAUGAAAAAUCAAAGGAUCUUUAUUUUGAACAGGUUUGUGAAGAGAAGAUUUUAGCAAUAAUUGAGUGUAUCAUAUUUGCUUGCACCCUAAUCCAAACAGUCAGCUGAUUUAGCAACCGAACAGGAACAUCUGUUGAUGACAGGAUGCGCAAACCAAAACAACUGGCUUGACCAAUGACAGUGCGGUAAAUUGGGCACCGGAAGUCAUGGUUAUCACUUUCCGGGUGCCUUCCCGUUGUCAGCUGACAUUCCCGUUCUGUUGGUAAAUCAUCCUAAUAUUGAUAACAUUGAGACCCUCAGUGAUGUACAAUAAAACUAGAUUAUUUUUUCUUUUGUCUCUUGAUUCCACAGUGUUUUGAUGUAAUCAGUAGACUUGGAGCAGGCUCAUUUGGAGAAGUAAGUUUAUUUCUACUACAUCUAUCUAACUCCAAGACCUUUUAAUGGAUUUGUGCAAUUUGUUUGAAACUUGGAUAGCCAGGUGUGAAACCAGUGUCGCUGUUAGACAAACUAUUUGGCAAUUGACUGAUGAAAUGUCAUUUGUCUUUAAAAAAAUUAAUAGGUUUAUAAAGUGAGGAGCAAGGAAGAUGGCUGUCUCUAUGCAGUAAAAAAGUCAAGGGAUAAAUUUCGUGGUGAUGCCGACAGGUAUUGGUUGCCACCCAAAUAUAUUUUGCUUCCUUCUAUUCAAACUCUUGAACACUCGAAUUUCUCUGUGUUUUGCAUACAGGAAAUAUAAACUAGAGGAGGUCAACAAACAUGAGAUACUAAAACAUCAUCCAAACUGUGUUCAGUUUAUUAAAGCUUGGGAAGAAAGGUUAGUGGCUUAUUAGAGACUUUUUUUACAUAAGUUUUUCACUUGACAUGUACUCUGUCCAUGGAGUGGUCAGCCUUGUUUUGCACAGAAACCUCCUUGCUUACAGAAAAAUACUUGUUAACUAGCACAAGGGCAACAAGUAAUUAUAGGUUUGAUCAAAAUGAGGUGAAUCCUAUCCUGGCUUCUACCAAUAACAGUAAGCUGUGCUAUCGCAAGCCCUUUUUUUUUUUAGGGGGGGGGAGUGGUCGGGGUGGAAAGGUAGGGGGCUGCUAACCUCCAAAGCAAAUUAUUAUCAACUUUGUUGCAAAGUAGAAAAGGAAAUAAGUCAAAAGCUAGACAUAGUAUAUUCUUCAUAUGUAAUAAAAUGAAAUAAAUUAUGUUAGAUAUGUAGUGGUACACCUUUGUUUAAUAAGAAUCCUACGUGAUUAAAAAAAAAUGUUUUUAAUAUAAGAAAAGGGAAUAAAAGAAUUAUAGGUUUAAAAAAAAAGGGAGUAAGUAAUCCCAGGUUUUCAAAAAAAAAGGGAAGCGUGGCUAUGGGAAGGCUUUUUUUUUGGGGGGGGGGGGGGAGGGGGGGGGGGUGGAAGGUAGGGGGUUAUGUAAUAGCAAAACAUAUUAUUUUCAAAUGCUUUGAAAAAGGGAAAGGGGAAGAAGGCAAAAAGUAAAUACUCUAGGAUUUAAUUAAUUAAUAACUUGUUAGCCAUAUAUGGUUAGGAAUUUUUUGUUGUUUGUAAUUUUAGUUAUUUGGAAAUAGUUGAUAUACAAUAUAUUGUAUAAGACUCCAAAUAAAUAAAACAUGUAUCUAUGUAUGUAUGUAUGUAUAUAGGGGUUCUCAGGUAUAAUACUGAAGUUAUGGCGCAGACUUUUCAAAUGAGUAACCCAUGAUCAUGAGGUUCUCGUACAUUGUGUCAUUUUGUUUACAGAUACAAACCAUGUUACAGUGACAUGCUUUUUUAGCUUUUUUCCAGGACCAAGGUCUGGACUAUUGGACUUUUUUAGGGGGGUACUGGACAUGACCUACAUGUAUAAUGGGACUUCAUGUGUAUAUUCGCAACUCCCUAUUAUUAUAUACCCCAAGUGUCCCUCCCCCCUGGGAUUGUAAGUAUGAUUUCUAGUCUUGCAAAACUAAAGUUGAAUUAGGUAAUCUCCUGCAGCAAUAGGGUGCCCCCUCACAAGGAAUUACCAGUUACAGAUUAGACCAGUAUUGUAAAGUCAGAUGCAUGAACUAAGGUAUUCCAUUAAGGCAUUGUGUAAUUCUAUUUUUCUUUUUCUAUCAAUUUUGUCUUGCAGGCAACACCUGUAUAUACAAACAGAGUUAUGUGAAAUGAGGUAGUUAUUUCUGCUAUAUUUCACAACAUAUAAAUGUGUACUUUAUCUUGAGAAGGUUGAUUUCCUCUUAAAUGAGUGGAUAAAUGUACGUGUCAUGUUUAGAAAUAUCAUAUGAUAAUGACCAUCAGUAUCAUUGUUGUCACCAUUACUGCCAUCACUAGCCAUUUCACCCUUUUUGGCAAAGGUUGAUUCAAGUACAGUCCAGUGAUUUGCUUAUGCAUGGCAAAACUGACAUGCCCAGUUAUAAAGAAUGCUUUUGUUAAUUGAUAGUUAUUUGAUGUUUUUUUUUCAGUCUCAAGGACCACCUAGAGAAUAAUGAUUCAGCAAGUGAAUCUGUAGUAUGGGAAUUUCUUGUUGACCUAAGCCUGGUAGGAUUUAAUUUUAACUCCGAAGCUAAGGUUUGAGUUUGUGGGUUUUCCAAAACAAUAAAACAGUCUCAUUGUUGGAAUUUGCAGUAGUUUUUUGUGGAAAGCAUUGAUGGUUCUCUCUUUUUUCUGUACUGUUUUUCAGGGUCUCAAACAUCUUCACAAUAAUGAUAUGGUGCAUAUGGAUAUCAAACCAGCCAAUAUUUUUAUUGGUCUUGAUGGAUUGUGUAAAAUAGGAGAUUUUGGUUUGGUGUUAGAACUUUCAAAGGUGGGAUACAGUGAAGCUUCUUACAAUACUGAUGUACUUUCAUGGGUCAUAAUCAAGUUGUAACGUGUAUGCACCUUUUUAAAGUUAGUUUGGCCAGACUGAUCCUACAAUGCCCUAAAAUGUUGUAAAAAAUGUCUUUUGCACUGGAGUUCAGAUGGUGAUUUGCUUAGAGGUAAAAUUUUUAAUUUCCUAGUGGGCUGUGAAUCAAAAUAGUUACCUUAUGGCUGGUCCCUUGGGAAGCAAGUUCUACAUUUUGUUUCCCAAAGUUCUCAUUGUUUCUUGUGGCUUUGCCUCAAGAAAUGUUGAGAUUCUCUAGACACAAAAGUAGUGGCCUGUGAAAACUGCAGCUGUUUCUCCCAUCUCUUUGCAACUGGGGACAUUUGGCGUGCAAGAACAUCUGCAACUCAGAGACAGAAAUUCCAUACAGCACUGGUGACGUAAAAUCUGUCCUGAACCCGGUCAUAAGCGCUGAUUGGACGACAGAAUAGUUACAUUGAAUGACAGUCAAAAGACAAAACGCCACAAAGGUCAAAAGUAAACACGAUGAAUCUCUAACAAAACAGUCAAUGUUUUUGGAAUGUAGUCUUCUCCAGAAGAAGCAUUUGAGUUUUGCUGGAGCUCAACACACAUCAGCACAACACUUUACCAAAAUCGACCAGGAGAAUUGUAAAAUUGAACAAAUUUGCAUUUGGAACCCAUGACUACCGGAUUUAUUAUGUAAACAUUGAUUUACGUCAUUAGUAUGGAAUUUAUGUCGCUGAGUUGCAGACAUUCCUUAACAGAUGUUAUGUGGAAACCUACAAUUGUAAACAUUGGUUUCAAUCGGCUGAGAUUGCUUGUUUCUCCAUUACUAAGUCUUUAUUGAAAAUAAUUUUGUUUUUGUGAUUAUAUAUUUCUAGUGUGAUACAACUCAAGCUUUAGAGGGAGAUCCUAAAUAUCUUGCUCCGGAGUUAAUGCAAGGACAUUUUACUAAAAGUGCUGACAUAUUCAGGUGGGUUUUUAUGUAAUUAUUAUUUUUUCAAAGCUGCUGUUUGCAUGCAUGUCCACACGUUUGUGCAUGCCAAAUCGACUUCUGUAUUGUAAAGACAGUAACUUUUCCUGAAGUUUUGUCAACUUAUCCAUUUUUACUAUUUUGUUUUGUAUAAUAGCAUUUUUAUUUAUUUAAUAUCUCUAUCUGCAGCUUAGGAAUAACUCUACUGGAGUUGGCCAGUGAUCUUGAUUUACCCAGAGGUGGAGACACAUGGCAUCAACUUAGGAAUGGCCAGCUUCCUGAUGUGUUUACACAAGGUUUGAUGUUGGGUAAUAAUAAAUUAUUAUAAGAGUUACAGGGCUGUGCUCUAGCAGAGCCUUGUGGCCCCUCGCACCUAACAUUUGCUCUUGGGCAACUAGAAAGUCAUAUUUUUUAUACAAUCAGAUGCUGGGUACCCUAUAUUUUACAGUUUCAGAGCACUGGGCUCCCUUCAAUUUUCCUUACAGCACAGCCUUGAGUUAAGUCUUUGGUCGCUAAUUUCCGUGCAGAAAUUUUCCAUUCCUUCCAGCUUGGACUGGAAAAAGAGAGAUGCAUGUGAGAAUUCUCUUCAUUCUGGAACGGUUUCUCUGGGAUGAUGGAUUGCACUACUAUUUGAAAUUUCAACUGACAUUUCUGUUUAUAUUUUCCUGGCAAAUGGUUAAAUGAUUCUGUAGUGAAUGUUGGGGAGAUGUAAAGAAUCAAGCAUAAGAGGACACAGAAAAACUUGUUAGCCCCAGAUGGGAUUCAAACGCACGACCCUCAGUGUUGUAGAUCAGAUGCCCUAACCUCUGAGCUACUGAGGACUCUUUGGCAAGCAAGGGUCAUUUUUGUGGGUUGGACUUGUGAACCGCAUCACGCAGUCAAUCACAAGCAACACAUUAAGGCUUAACUGCAUCAUGCAGUCACAUUUAAAGCAAGAAAUGUCUCACCUAUGAAGACGCCUCCAACUAACCAGCCUAUGCCACUGAUGUUUUUAUUAUAAACGAAAAUAAAGUGAGAUGUAAAGAAUCAACCAUAAGAGGACACAGAAAAAAUCUCAGCCCCAGAUGGGAUUCAAACCCACAACCAUUCUGGCAUUGUUAUUCUAUUCUCUAUACAUUAAAGAAAUUAAUAUUGUCAAACUCCUAGCUACAUAUCUGUCACUUAAAUCAAAAGCCGACAUUGAUAUGUGAGGGAGGGUAGUGGGUUCGAAUCCCAUCUGGGGCUCAGAUUUUUUUUGUGUCCUCUUAUGGUUGAUUCUUUACGUCUCCCUUUAUUUUCAUUCAUAAUACUAAUAUCAGUGGCAUAGGUUAGUGAAUCUUUGUUUGCAUUUUUGCCUCAUUAUCAUAUGCUUUUCAUUCUCUGAUCAAGCUAAUAAAAAAGAUCUCUGAAUAUCAAAAGAGCAUUACAAUUUUAAUUAUCUGUUUUAAUUUGAUGCCAAUAUACCAAAUGAUUUUGGAGAAAUUAACUUUGAAAAACUUGAAACUUUACAAAGGAUGUAUGGGCUCAUUAACGUUUUUGCAACCCCUCAAUUUCAAGGUUUCCACCAUUGGUGCAUGUAUUCUCCUUGCUAUUGCUUGCAAAAAGCUGAAAAUUGCUCGGCAACUUUUGAAUUUCAUUUGUGCAUACAAUGACACCUUCUAUGGGUUAAAAGAUGUCAACAAUUAUGUGAGCAAAGAUUUGCCUAUUGCUACAAAUUUUGAUAUUUGCAUAAAUAAAAUGAUUUAUGUUUUAUACUGUAUCACUGCAGGUAUGUCCCCAGACCUUCGGAGGCUUAUUGUGUGGAUGAUGAACCCUUUACCACAGUAUAGGUUUGUUACAGUAAAAUAAUAGACGGAUUAAGACUCAUGCUUAUGGCUAACAGCAAAUGGCAGAUUUAAGUUGACAAUUUCUCAAACCAAUAGAAAAUGAUCCGAUAAAACAGUCCAAAACAGUUCUUAUGGAUGAAAAUAAUGUGAAACAACUAAUUUUUUUGUAGGAGUAAAGAACGGUAAAAGAGAAGUAAGGGGAAAACUUGGUCACUUGGUCCAAAUUUGUGUUUGCCGUUUUCCAUAAACAUGACUCAAAAUCUCUCUAAUGUCUAUGAUGCAGUAAUUUUGCUGUGAGAGUACUUCCUAUUCAGUUGGUAAUAAAUAAUUCAUUGUUAUCAAAUCUUACUUUUAGGCCAACAGUAGAUGAAAUAUUAGCAGAGCAAGCAGUGACACAGGCAUGGAAGAGAAGGCAGAGAGUUUACUUUUAUUGCUCAAUGGUACAGUAAAACCAAGUUUUCCAUAUAGCAUAAAUAUAUCAUGGGGAACAAUAUAUAUUUUCAGUUUUUGGCUGCUAAUCAUAAGUGUGACUUGAAGGGAAUCUGGUUAAUUUUGAUUGUCUUUCCUUUUGUUUGAAGGUAUCACCUAAAGAUAUGUGGACAGAAGUUUUUAUAUUUCGGACUGGUUAGAAGCCCAUCCUUCUUGUCAUGACAAUAAUCUCUCUCUUCUCUUUUCUUUCUUAUAUAGAAGCAAUUGGCAUUUAAAAUGUACUCAGUGGUGUAUGCUGUUUUAUUUUGGUUAUGGAUGGUUUUACUAUGGCCCUAUAAUUCACUUGGAGGUAAGAAUAUCUGCUGACUCAUUUUUUAAUGUAAAACUCAAAGUUGAAUGCUCAGCUUUGCCCCUAGGAUGUCAAAAAAAGUUAUUAGAUUUACAAUCCAACCUCCAUGUGCAACCGCCUCCCGUAAGCGACCCCCAAGUCUGCACAUUUUGAGUGGUAGCUUACUGGGGUUUUACUGUAUUUCAAUUGAAUUUGACUUCCAAGUGUUCUGUUUUAAAUAGGCUAUGUGUGAUUUUUUUUCUUUUCUUUUCUUUUUUAUCAGGAUUACAUUUGGCAGAUAAAUCAUUAUCAAAAACAGACAUAUCCUUCCAUGAAGACAACAGCUUUUCUUCAGAUGGUAAAAGACCAUUCUUUUACUCUGGUUUGAUUUUUUGAUAAACGUGUGGAGAAUUUGUUUUAGAUGUUGUAAUUUUUUUUCCAGAGUCAUGUAAUACCUCCUUGUAUGAUAGCAGCAGCACUCCUAACUGCAGUAUAUCAUUUGAAGAAAUGUUAACACAUUCCAUUCCAAAGCCUCCUUGGCAUGGGUAUGUACAAGAAAUACUACCAGGGGCACCCAACGAGAAUAUAGUUCAAAACCACUUAAACAUAGCAUUGUUAAACGUAUUUUAGUAUUUAAACGGUAGAUAUAGGCAUAUUCUUAUCCCCUAAAAAUUUUUCAUCUGUUCGGAUUUCCUAGCUUAAAGUCCAGUGAUCCGAAAAUUAUAGGGAUCAAAACUUACCUUUUCGAAAAUUUCAGCCAGAAAAAAGGCUCUCGAAACUUCUAGGGGACCAUUUUACGUUAAAAAUCCGUUAAAAAUAAGCAAUUAUACCAUUUUUUAGAUGUUCGAAAAUCCUAGGAGAGGCAAGCAAGCAAGAAAUUUUAUAACAAAUGUUUCGAAAAUUCUAGAUCACAAAUUGUCUUCCGAACAGAUAUUUUUUCGAAAAUUGACGUUGGGUGCCCCUGUACUACCUGUGAUGUAUCUAACAUUGAGAUAAUUAGGAUGAAGAACAUGAUAUCUUUAAGAAUUAAUAUGUUUAACUCAUUCGCCUCCUGGUAAUUUUGGCGAAAAACUCACUUUGAAGCUAGUUAGCCAUUUUCUGGUCAUUACCUUGCUAUAAACAUGAUAAAGAGCUAAAAAUAAACAAAAUGUUCGUUUACAGGACGUGCUCUUAGCAGCCUUAGCUUCAGAAGCUUAAACAUGUGCAGAAAGCAAAAAUUCAAGACAGUUUGGGUGUAAAGGUGACCCAGCUGUCUCGACUUUUGCCAUUUGCCUUCCCGCCUCCCCUCUCUUUUGUUGGGGGCAUUAACUAGGCUUCAUUUCGGUGGAAACCGCUUUUGGGAUAAGAGUUUUAUGAUUGUACGAUAGUAGGUGGAAGGAAGUGUAGGUUGGUGAGUGGACUAAGAUUUUCAUUGAUUUCCAUUGUUUUUGCCUUUUUCCACUUUCUUUGACUGAAUCGCCCUCAUUCUAGUAUGGGUUGAAAGAUCCACAAGUAAGCUGACAAAGUUGACAGGUCUUGACUGUCAAAACUGAUGAUGUCACAAGUGAAACAAGGGAUGAGGACCUGCACAGUCAGCUAUUGGCGGUUCAGGGCUAAUGGGUUAAAAAUCUUUAAAAGUAUAAAGGUGCACUAAUGUCAUAUUAGAAGUAUCAAAGAAAAAAUAGAGGGCAGUCUUUCACAGUAACUGAUUGAUUUCUCACAUGUUCAGUUGUCAAGGGCCAUUACAUUAAUAUGAAAAUUUUUAGUCAAUGGUCUCAUUUCUUUUCAUGGAGAACGGAUGUGUUAAAGUUGACUCCAACUAUUUAUGAGAUAUAACAAUGUAUGAUUACUUUUUUUUCUAGCGAAGGCUACUGCAGCUCGCCUGUUCAUUUGACACCUUGCAGCCACAUGGAUCAUUUAAGGAUAUCUCCCCAAAUGUGUUCAAAAAAAGGGAGGUAGGUAUUGCGCAAAGUUUUCGGUUUCUGACUAACCUAGGGCGCUCAGUUGCCAGAAAAAAAAAAUGAAAGAACUUUUUUACUUUGAAAGAGUGCCUGGAAUAAGGCCCUGCUUGACGUCUGAUGAGCUGCUUGAUUCUCCCUCCAAUUGUGUAGUGUCUGUUUUGUGAAUCAUAGGGAGAGUUUUAUAUUAGAUCAGGAGUCUCUCAGGGCCUUAUUAAAUUAAGGUUAAGUUUGUAUUGUGUUGUUUCACUGGUUUCCAGCAAGCCUUGUUACCACAGCUUACAAGUACUUUAAGAGAAAAUAUAGCUUUUAGUCGGGGACUCGUCAUAAAUGGAACUGUCCGUUACAAAUGGGUAACAGUAAAGUGGGGUUGCAGUGAAACUGCAUUGGGCUGUUUUUGUGUGUUCAAGUCUAAAAUCAGUACAAUGUUUGUUUUUUCUUUUCAGGAUUACUCCACCGUUUCACACUAGUAGCCCAGAACAUCAAAAGUACACCCCUCCAUCAACCAGUAGAAGAGGUCGUUUGUUUGACGGAGACGAGUUCUUGACUAAGAAUGCAGCUGGCCCAAGAAACCUGCUUGAGGUAAUUUUUUUUCUCAUGGACAGCUGGAUAUCUACAAAGACUAAGUACACUGCCAUGCCUGAACAUUGAGCCCUAACUAAUAAACAAAAGGAACAACGAUUGGAAAAACCUGUAAAAUUCAGUUACAAAUUAGAAAGGUCGACUUCUGUUUGUUGUAAGCAUGUCUCAGCCUUGAGCUGCUGUUUCAUCCAACCAAGAUGAAACGGGAGGCAUACCAUACCUCGGCACCUCUCUCUUACGCCUUACAGUGGGCUAAUAAAACCCAAUUAUAAUCUAUAAGGCUAUUUGUGCCAAAAUUUCAGACAGAUGGUUUCACGUUAACAUUAUUUCCUCACGGAUGGAACUCCACCGCGAAUCGUUACAUGUGCGGUAUAUAAUAUUCAAGUUUAUUAAAAUAACUUGAUCUUAUGCUGUUAUUACUUAGGUGAAAUAGAGGCAAAGUUACUUUCAAAUACGUUGCUGAUUUUGCUAUUUGCCAGUGUUGCGUUGACAAAGCACAGUUACAUUUUAAAAAUCUCGUGUCUCACCGUUGUGGGCCCAAAAACUUUCGAAGUUAAGUUAUUAUUUACGUUUUCUCACGAUAGUUCCUUGGUUCCAGGUAUUUGAAGAUGCAGCAAAUAGUCCUGAUUGGUGAUAUGAAAGUUUGAGAUGUGUACCAAAAAAAUAAAGUGGAGGAAGAGCCUCAAGUAAUGGAGAUCGAAGAAAACCUAUGGCUUUUUUAGUUGUUUUGUUCUCUCCACCAUUUGAUCAGUUUAAGCUCCAUGUAGACAAGUCAUAACUGGUGCCUGAACUCACGUAACCAACCUACCGUUUAACCCGUUUACGACCCAAGAGUGACCAACACCAGUUUUCCCCUAAUGAGAAGAGGUUAUGACCAAAGGGAAAUGGUUUGAUCUUUUAUCAAAUUCUCUCAACUAAUUCGUUAAAGAAACUUAUGGAGAUCAGUCUGCAGAGUUUGUAAGAAGUUAGUUGAAGCAUCAUGAUAACCACAGGAAAAAAAUUAACUUUUAUUAUUCUGAUUAUAGAUCAUAUAGUCAGGUGCCGUUUGUAUUUGGCAAUUUGUCAACAAAUACAUCAGUGUCUGUGACCUUUCAGUUUAAGAAAAGAAGCAAUUUAAAAUGAUAGUCUUUUUUUAACACAGAUAAAAAUGAAAAUAAUUGUUGUAUAAAGAGUUUAUGGCUUGCCGAUC